GCGUUGUGUCUCUGACACAUACACCUUUCAGUCCGAAGACAGAGAAGAAGAGAUAUGGUCAUUGUAUAGUGCUGAAUUACUUCAACAGAAGCACAUUAAGUUCUGCGCGCCACUAGAACCACACAAAUAAUUACAAGCAGAAGCGUCUUCAUGCCAGCGUCUUCCUGUGUUUCUGAACAGGUCUCCUUUCUGUCAUCUCAAACAUGAAACAGCCUCUGAUGAUAUACCAGACAACAGAGCCAACGCUAUGUGAACGCAUCUCCUUGCAGUGCAAUUAAAGUUCUUUUAACUAAGCAUACAAGCCAUUAAAGGGAAUGGCAGGACUUAGGAAUGCUUUGACCAUCUUUGCCAUUGUGGCGAUACUUCUUAUUUUGGAUACAAGGAACGUCAGGGAAUUUUCACAUCAGGUUUUACCGGGACACAGUGAAGAAGAACAAUCUUUAUCCCUUCCUCACACCCGGCAGAGACGAAGUGUGUCUUCUGACUCAUGGAAUUACACCAUUGAUCUUGUGCUGAAUGUGUCUGAUGUCGAAUCAUUUGGGCUAAUUAUGUCAGCCCUCAGUGUUGCCAGUUUUCCCAUACAACUUGACAACAACACACAGGUCACUGAUAUUAGCAUCACAACAGUGUGUCUCUCAAUGGACUCUGGUGUCCAGUGUACAUGUGGAGGGGAGUUUGCUUGGCCAUACACCACCUGUGUCGCAUAUGGUCCCUGUGAUAACAUAACCAAUGGAAUCUGUAAAUGCAUAAAUGCCCUUCCAGAUGAUGGCCAGUCCUGCCAGCCGAUAUCAGAGCUGCUAACUCCGGUUGAGUAUGAAGUUGAAGUGGAGCUCAAUCUGACGGAUGUUGAAGCACUGGACGACCUUAGAAGCCUGCUUAACAAUGGCAGCUAUUCUCUGGCCUUGGGACCCACAGUUAAUGUCACACAAAUUAACAUUACCACAGUGUGCUACCUAAAUGAUACCAGCUACCAGUGCAGAUGUGAAGAUCAGUAUGCUUGGUCGUUUGGAACCUGCAUUACAUAUGGAGCCUGUGAUGAGAUCAUUGACGGCACUUGUGGAUGCAUCAAUAGUAUUCCAUCCAAUGGGCAGUACUGCCAGCUAAAGACAGCUUUUCCUUCAACUGUUUAUGAAUACGAGCUUACAAUUGAGGUCUACAUAAAUGAAACGGAUCAACUGAGAAACACUGUAAAGAAUAUCACUUUCCCCAUCGAAAUCAGCCCUCAAAUAAACAUCUCAGAUGCUGCCAUUACCACAGUUUGCAUGCGAGAAAGCAAUGGGUUCCAGUGCCGCUGUGAAGAUGAAUACUUUUGGCCAUGUGAGAAGUGUGUCAUCUAUGGGAAAUGCAGCGGUGAUGCAAACAACACAUGCAUGUGCAUCAAUGCCAUUCCUGCAGAUGGACAGUAUUGUCAGUCUGUGCAGCAAAACGUGACCACAUGUCCUCUGACAACAACUUCACCGCCAACAGUGACCUAUGAAUACCUGGUUUCCAUUGAGCUGAACACGACAAAUGUCACAGAGCUCGAUCUUCUGAGGACCAUUCUGAGUAACAGGAGUUACCCAAUCAGCAUCAGCAGCAAAAUACAACUCACUCAGGUCAACAUUACUACAGUGUGUUCUCCAAGCAUUGAUGGCUUCCAGUGCAGAUGUGAGGAUCAGUAUCGUUGGCCAUGUGACCAGUGUCUAAGCUAUGGAUCCUGUGACAACAUCACUGACAACACAUGUGGUUGUAUCAAUGCCAUUCCUCCUGAGGGACAAUAUUGCCUGUCUGAGUAUCAGCACAACUUUACAACAUGUCCUACUCCUUCACCACCAGUGACACCAACAACUCCUCAAGUUGUUUAUGAAUACCUGAUUUCCAUGAGUAAGAACUCUGAACGAUGUGUUCUCAAGCAUGAUGGCUUCCAGUGCAGAUGUGAGGAUCAGUAUCGUUGGCCAUGUGACCAGUGUCUAAGCUAUGGAUCCUGUGACAACAUCACUGACAACACAUGUGGUUGUAUCAAUGCCAUUCCUCCUGAGGGACAAUAUUGCCUGUCUGAGUAUCAGCACAACUUUACAACAUGUCCUACUCCUUCACCACCAGUGACACCAACAACUCCUCAAGUUGUGUAUGAAUACCUGAUUUCCAUUGAGCUGAACACCACAGAUAUUACAGUCAUAAAUGUACUGAGGUCCAUACUGAGGAGCCUCAGUUACCCCAUCUAUAUCAAUGGCCAGAUACAACUGACGGAUGUCAACAUUUCUACAGUGUGUUCUCCCAGCAUUGAUGGCUUCCAGUGCAGAUGUGAGGAUCAGUAUCGCUGGCCAUGUGACCAGUGUCUAAGCUAUGGAUCCUGUGACAACAUCACUGACAACACAUGUGGUUGUAUCAAUGCCAUUCCUCCUGAGGGACAAUACUGCCUGUCUGAGUAUCAGCACAACUUUGCAACAUGUCCUCCUUCAACACCAACAACUCCUCAUGUUGUUUAUGAAUACCUGCUUUCCAUUGAGCUGAACACCACAGAUAUUUUUGUCAUAAAUGCACUGAGGUCCAUACUGAGGAGCCUCAGUUACCCCAUUCAUAUCAAUAGCCAGAUACAACUGACGGAUGUCAACAUUUCUACAGUGUGUUCUCCAAGCAUCGAUGGCUUCCAGUGCAGAUGUGAGGAUCAGUAUCGUUGGCCAUGUGACCAGUGUCUAAGCUAUGGAUCCUGUGACAACAUCACUGACAACACAUGUGGUUGUAUCAAUGCCAUUCCUCCUGAGGGACAAUAUUGCCUGUCUGAGUAUCAGCACAACUUUACAACAUGUCCUACUCCUUCACCACCAGUGACACCAACAACUCCUCAAGUUGUUUAUGAAUACCUGAUUUCCACUGAGCUGAACACCACAGAUAUUACAGUCAUAAAUGCACUGAGGUCCCUACUGAGCAGCCUCAGUUACCCCAUCUAUAUCAAUGGCCAGAUACAACUGACAGAUGUCAACAUUUCUACAGUGUGUUCUUCAAGCAUCGAUGGCUUCCAGUGCAGAUGUGAGGAUCAGUAUCGCUGGCCAUGUGACCAGUGUCUAAGCUAUGGAUCCUGUGACAACAUCACUGACAACACAUGUGGUUGUAUCAAUGCCAUUCCUCCUGAGGGACAAUACUGCCUGUCCGAGUAUCAGCACAACUUUACAACAUGUCCUACUCCUUCACCACCAGUGACACCAACAACUCCUCAUGUUGUGUAUGAAUACCUGAUUUCCACUGAGCUGAACACCACAGAUAUUACAGUCAUAAAUGUACUGAGGUCCAUACUGAGGAGCCUCAGUUACCCCAUUCAUAUCAAUAGCCAGAUACAACUGACGGAUGUCAACAUUUCUACAGUGUGUUCUCCAAGCAUCGAUGGCUUCCAGUGCAGAUGUGAGGAUCAGUAUCGUUGGCCAUGUGACCAGUGUCUAAGCUAUGGAUCCUGUGACAACAUCACUGACAACACAUGUGGUUGUAUCAAUGCCAUUCCUCCUGAGGGACAAUAUUGCCUGUCUGAGUAUCAGCACAACUUUACAACAUGUCCUACUCCUUCAACACCAACAACUCCUCAUGUUGUGUAUGAAUACCUGCUUUCCAUUGAGCUGAACACCACAGAUAUUUUUGUCAUAAAUACACUGAGGUCCCUACUGAGCAGCCUCAGUUACCCCAUCUAUAUCAAUGGCCAGAUACUACUGACAGAUGUCAACAUUUCUACAGUGUGUUCUCCAAGCAUCGAUGGCUUCCAGUGCAGAUGUGAGGAUCAGUAUCGUUGGCCAUGUGACCAGUGUCUAAGCUAUGGAUCCUGUGACAACAUCACUGACAACACAUGUGGUUGUAUCAAUGCCAUUCCUCCUGAGGGACAAUAUUUGCCUCUUUCGAGUUGUCGAGUUCACAUCAGUCAGAGAAACUCUCCUCAUGUUGUUUAUGAAUACCUGAUUUCCAUUGAGCUGAACACCACAGAUAUUUUUGUCAUAAAUACACUGAGGUCCCUACUGAGCAGCCUCAGUUACCCCAUUCAUAUCAAUGGCCAGAUACUACUGACAGAUGUCAACAUUUCUACAGUGUGUUCUCCAAGCAUCGAUGGCUUCCAGUGCAGAUGUGAGGAUCAGUAUCGUUGGCCAUGUGACCAGUGUCUAAGCUAUGGAUCCUGUGACAACAUCACUGACAACACAUGUGGUUGUAUCAAUGCCAUUCCUCCUGAGGGACAAUAUUGCCUGUCUGAGUAUCAGCACAACUUUGCAACAUGUCCUCCUUCAACACCAACAACUCCUCAUGUUGUUUAUGAAUACCUGCUUUCCAUUGAGCUGAACACCACAGAUAUUUUUGUCAUAAAUGCACUGAGGUCCCUACUGAGCAGCCUCAGUUACCCCAUCUAUAUCAAUGGCCAGAUACUACUGACAGAUGUCAACAUUUCUACAGUGUGUUCUCCCAGCAUCGAUGGCUUCCAGUGCAGAUGUGAGGAUCAGUAUCGUUGGCCAUGUGACCAGUGUCUAAGCUAUGGAUCCUGUGACAACAUCACUGACAACACAUGUGGUUGUAUCAAUGCCAUUCCUCCUGAGGGACAAUACUGCCUGUCUGAGUAUCAGCAUACCUUUGCAGCAUGUCCAACACCAUCUCCAACAACUAAUACCAUCUCAACACCAACUCCACCAGUAAACCACACAACUACUCCCACUGUACCCCCAGUGACUAAUACCACUGCAUCUCCAACAACUACUACCACUGUACCUCCAACGACUACUACCACUGUACCUCCAACGACUACUACCACUUUAGUCCCAACGACUACUACCACCGUCUCCCCAACAACUACUACCACCGUCUCCCCAACAACUACUACCACCGUCUCCCCAACGACUACUACCACUGUCCCCACCUCAACUACGACCGCUGCCACCACCACAACCACUGCAGUGACUACUACCACCACCCCACCUAGAGAAAUUAAUGUAACACUAACAGUCAGAUUAGACACGACCUUCGAACCAGACUUCAAUAACCCCUCAAGUGCAAGAUACCAACAGUUUGCAGGACAGAUUAAUGCAGUGUUAAAGGCUCAGUAUACCGAUCCAAUCGAACCGGUUGUAAGAGCUGUUGUUACAGGAUUCAGACCAGGAAGCGUUAUUGUAGACUUUCUUGUUCAGACAACACAGCUGCAAGUGGAUGCACUCGCUAGAGCAAACCAAAAUCUUCCAGCAGCCAUGGAAGUGGUUGCCCCUGUCAUUGGCUCAGUUGUUGCAGUGUAUGACAGUCCUACUGGAAUCGAACUACCAGGUCGCACUUUUACUGGUAACUCCAUGGCUCUGUUCUGUGGCCCUCCUGAUAUUGAUGUGGGAGCAACUUCCGGUUGGACAUGGAAAUUUAAAGGAGUGGAAAUUAUGUCCGCAAGGUUUAGAAAGGAAUCUUUGCCAGAAAAUCGUUCCAGGCUUACGGUAUCUAAUGUCAUUCUUGCUGAUAUCGGACCUUAUGAAUGCAUUCUGAAGGGCUCAGGCGUCGAUUUACGCCAGAGGGGUGAUGUGACAAAUUCUAUUGUCAGACCAGCACCCAAUGUGCGAGUACCAGAGGACAUUAGUUUUGACUGCAACAGUAAUGGACGGCCAACACUUGAAUGUUGUGUUCAGUCCCUGUACACGGUCCAAUGGUUUGAGGGCUCAGCAUUAUUAACCUCAGCUUUUGAUCCUGCAUCCAACUGCAUCCAGCAUAAUUAUGAUGUAGACUGCAGUGGAUCACUGGCACCAAAAACAUUCACAUGUCGUGUCAAUAACGCAAGUGGUUAUGUAGCAAUAACAACACUGUCUCUUUUCAGAGAAGCUAUUGUCUGUGAUGAGCCUCCAUAUGGUCGAGGACCAGCAGGUGCCAGAGCAAGUCUCUUGUGUCCUGCAGGUCAAAAGGGGAGGAGGAUUGCAGAAUGUCAGGAAACAGGAGAAUGGAGACUUGUGGUGGACUCCUGCAUUUUAACAGUAAUCGACGAAUUACUAACAGAAUCUAUGUUUCUGGUUUCGGCUACUGUGCCUCAGUUUGUACAAGAUCUAAACAACACUGUCCAAGGCUCAAAAGAUCAAGUUGCACAGUCAGCUGGAACAAUAGAGGCUAUUGUUAAUAUCCUGAAUACAGUUGCCAAUGUUUCGAUCGUUGUCACUGAAGACAUCAUGGCGGAUAUACUUGGCACCGUUGAUGUCAUCAUUGGUGACGAUGCAAGAGAGUCCUGGGCAUUUCUGAAUCAAAAUGAAACCCGCAAUUCCAGCUCACAAUUACUGGGUUCAAUGGAGACAUUCAGCAGUAGGCUGGAAGGCAAUUUCCAAAUCACAAGUCUACGGACCCGGCUAAGGAGAAGCCCAUUCAACAACAAUUUCACAUCAAAUGACAACUCCAGCUUUGUCAUAGAAAUUCCAAACACAGAUGUUUCUAAUGCUUUUAUUACAACCAUCUCCUUCCUCACUCUUAAUAAUGUUAUGCCAGUAAGGAACUCCACUUUUAACGUCAGUCUCUUCAACAGUGCCAGCAAUGACGCUGUCAAUGAUAUUGUCGUCAACGCUGCUGUGGUACUUGUCAGAAUAAAUGCAACAAUCAAUAAUGUUACUCUGAGCUACAACAAGCUGAAUGGAUCUCUGUCACUGAAUCCACAAUGCGUCUUCUGGAAUUUUACACUCUUUGAUGAGGUCGGUGCUUGGGAUGAUGAAGGGUGUACUUUUGUUUCCGACAUAAAUGACACAGUAACCUGCAACUGCAACCACCUCACAUCCUUCUCAAUCCUGAUGGCAACUGGCAUCCCCGAAUCAAUCCGGAUUCUCUUGGAUGUAAUCACUUAUGUAGGAGUAGUGAUAUCUAUGGCAAGCUUAGUCAUAUGUCUCAUUAUUGAAGCAUAUGUGUGGAAAGCUUUGACAAGAAAUAGCACUUCCUUCAUGCGCCACGUCUCUAUCGUUAACACUGCUUUGUCUCUACUGAUCGCGGACAUCUGUUUCAUCAUUGGUGCCUCAAUCGCUGAUAACCCAACAGAAAACCCAGGAGGAGAUUUCGAAGUUCCACUCGGCCCAUGUAGCACAGCAACAUUUUUCAUGCACUUUUUCUACCUUGCUCUCUUCUUUUGGAUGCUUGUGUCAGCACUUCUGCUCUUUUACCGGACAGUCAUGGUCUUCUCCCACAUGUCCAAGUCAACCAUGUUGGCCAUCGGCUUUACAUUAGGCUACAUCUGUCCUCUGAUCAUAGCUGUGGUCACUGUUGCGGCCACAGCACCAGGACGUGGAUACAUACGGAGAGAUAAUGCUUGCUGGCUGAACUGGGUAGACACCAUGGCUCUGCUAGCCAUGGUGAUACCUGCCCUGACCAUAGUUUUCAUCAACAUUUUGAUCGUGAUCGUGGUCUUGUUCAAAAUGCUAAGAAGAGGUGUGGGAGAUGCAGCCCAACCAGAUGAAAAGCAUACCCUGGUGGUCCUCAUAAGAUGUGUGGCCAUUCUGACUCCUUUGUUUGGACUGACCUGGUCUUUGGGAGUAGGAACCAUGAUAUCUUCAGAAAAUAAAGGAAUCCAUAUCGCCUUCGCAUUCUUCAACUCACUACAGGGUUUCUUCAUUUUAGUGUUUGGGACACUCUUUGAUUCAAAGAUACGCGCUAUCCUGGGAAAAAAAUUACCUGCAGUAAGCUCUGGCUCCAAUCAAACAAGAAGCACAAGCGGAGGUAUUUCCUCUUCUGGUGGAAUGAAUUUGUUCGAUCGACUCCGUGGAAGAAGACAUGUCUACCAUGUUUCGGCGACUGCAAACACAAACAGCAACAGUAAUUCCUCAGAAUCAUAUAUGAACAUCUAAAUCAGUGCAACAAUCUGUAAAUGUAGGGUUGAUCUCAUUAAGUAUCUACUUUUACAAUGCAACUGUAGGAUAAUAAGUGCAAUACAGCUUAAAUGUAAAGUUCAGAGACAAUGUUGUGAAGGAAACAGAGAAACAAUAUUUUUGCUACGAGCUCCUAUAUGACGCAGCUAUUACAUUACUGGCUCACUUGUAGUUUGCUGAAUAAAUGUCAACAAAUGUUUAACUAAAUAUACCACCAGCCCCAAGUGUUGUGUGACCUGUUGUAAUAUGUUACCACAGUUUAAAGCUGGUGAUAAGUUAAGAUUUUAAAUUGCAUUCUGUCACUAAGACAUGUUGUGAAACAUUUAAUCGUGCUGUUCUGUUUGUGUACUUUGUACUUUAACACAUUCGGUUUGUUCGAAACAAAAACAUUUAUCUAUUUUUGUCCAAGAAUUUGUGAGUCAUAAAUGAGGAUUUUAAAUGAGUUAUUCUGAUAAAUUGUGCAUGUGUGCGCAGUGUUUUAAAACUACUAUCUGGUACCUGUGUAGUGAGCCCUUUGUACACCCAAUAAAUCAGAUUUCUUUUUGCAAAUGAA